AUGCUCGAGUCCGUUUCGCAGCAGCUGUCGCACAAAGUCGAUCAGUUGCUGUCCCUCAAAAACGGCGACACCACGCACAAGAAUGUUCAAUACUUCCCUCUAGCUUCAGAAUCGCCGCGAUCAGGUCAUCGACGGCAAGCCAGUCUCUCCAGUUUCAGUCCGCGCAAAGCAACAUGGCUCGUCUGCGCUGCCCUGUUUCUACUAGUGAUCUUGGUCUCCGCGACAACGACAGGAUAUGUCUGGUCCGCUCGCAGCUUACGAGAAGACACGGCCUUCGACGAUGAGCGACCGAUACCUCUUGGUAAAUCAGUCUAUCGUGGUAGCCGAGAAGUCUUCUGGCGGGAACAGUUUCCACGUCUCGUAGGAUACUAUCGAGGUCGGCAUGAUAUUGUGCUACCGUCAGCCUAUAUCCCUGAGCAAGACCAAGCAGGUGAACCAUUUGGACCUUUGUCUGAUAUACCUCCCGGCCUGACGCAUUCCUCUGAACCAAUACCUGAUGAUAUCGUAUCGUGCUCGAUCGUGCCUCCACUCAUUCCCGCGUACGGUGGUCUACCUCAAGGCAUGAGUGCGCCUCUUUUGGGAUCAAUGGAAGAGCUGGGUAUCGAUGACAAACGUUGCUACGAUCGCAUACACCGUUACGGUGCCUAUGGGUUAGAUGUGCCGGAAGAGCAGGGUGGAUUCGCGAUUGAACUGCGUGGCGACAACGAAAGAGACAAUGAAUUUGAACGACCAAACUUCGCCGGAGUACAAUGGAAUCAAAUACAAGAAGAUUGUGUUGUAAAGAAUGCCGCUGUAUUGCAAGAUCGACCACGAACGGCUUUCAUCUUGCGGACUUGGCACACCUUCCACUACACCCCCUACCACAUCCUUAUGCUCCGAGCAAUAAUCAACGAACUGUCUUUGAGAAGUGGUGGGCAAUUUUACGUGAACUUUCUGAUCCAUGUGCAAGAUGAUACCAUUCCGAUCUGGGCAUCUGAAGAGUUAUACAACCAGACCCUAGAAGCAAGUCUACCAGAAGAGUUUCGAGGAAUGGGCACUCUGUGGUCCGUUGCGCAAAUGAAGCUGAUCUAUCCGCCACCAUUUCCAGAGAGCCUCAUCAAUUUCUCAGGCGGUGAUGUCUACGAGGCUUACCGAUCCCUACAUUUUCCUCUACAAUACUUCGCCUCGAGGCAUCCUGAAUUCGACUUCUUCUGGCAAUGGGAGAUGGAUAUCCGAGUAACUGGGCAUUAUGGGGAAUUACUUGAAAAGAUCACAAGCUGGGCGGACAAACAAAAGCGAGAUCAUCUCUGGGAACGAUCUUCCAAGUUCUACAUUCCCUCUUUACAUAAUGGGUUGUACUCGAGCUUUGCCACUUCGAUACAAGAGGAAACGAAAGCACUCGGUCGCAAGCCAGUCGCAGGUCCACAAGUGCCAGUAACUCAACUCCUCCCUAUCCCGCCCCAGUCCUCGAACACAACGAACCAAGACAUCACAGACCUGAUAACUCUCUCACCACUCUUCGACCCGACGCAUACACGAUGGGCCUUUCGCGACGACAUAACAGGCUAUCCAGAUGACCAUCGGCCACCAACCCGAGCAGCUCUAAUCACAGCCUCGCGUAUGUCCCGCCGCCUACUUCUCCUAAUGCAUGAGGAAACAUUCAGAAACAAACACACCAUGUUUCCCGAAAUGUAUCCAGCCUCCAUCGCACUACACUACGGCCUCAAAGCCGUCUACGCACCCAUCACAACAUACUUCGACCGUGACUGGCCAGCAGAACACGCGAACGAGAUCUUCAAUAACGCCAAACUGCGUCCUGAAAGCAUCACAGCAGGACUGGACAACGGCGCCAAUUACUUCCAUGGUGGGCCUGACGGUAGUGUGUUCGGGCCUGGAGAACAUGUCUUUCGGAGUGCGAGCUGGUAUAGUAAUGCCGGGUUUGCGGGAUAUCUCUGGCGACGAUGGCUGGGGAACGAGAAUGGUAAUGACGAGAUUGAGUGGGAGCUAGGCGAAGGACAUGGAAGGAUGUGUUUGCCUAUGAUGGUUUUGCAUCCAGUUAAGAAUGAUGCUUGA